AUGAUCUCAAUAAGUCCGAGCUCCGGGGGCUCUACGCAUACCCACCAGCAAGCCGUGGCAGAAACCCCACAAUCCCGGGUUGUCUCCAAGCCUGUCCCGCAGUCUCAGUCUCGAGAUCCCCGCCAGUAUCAGAUCGAUCAGCUGAGGAAGCGGUUUUCACCCACCGAGUCAACCGCCCCGGACGGCUCAACCUCAUUCCAAUUCAAGCUGCACCCAUCAGAUCCGGAUUUCCCCUUUGAGCUGGCUUACCUGGAUUGUGAUCUUCGAGUGCCCAAAAACUAUCCGAAACAGAGACCUGUUCUCUUGGUCCGGAACAAGGACAUUCCUCGGGGCUUCAGCAUUAACAUUGAGAGAGGCUGGGAACAACUAGCCAAUGAGAGGACGAGCUCAACUCUCUUGGCUCUUACCAACGCAUUAGACAAGAACCUGGAACGGUUCCUGUCUGAGGAGAAAGCUGAGACGGUGAAGCUCGUGGCCUUCCAGGGCCAAAAGGACACCAGGCAUCUGAGCCAGGGUGGUGGACAAGAGCCUGUAUCAUCCAUACCGGAGCCAGAGAUCCCUGUAGCUGCCCCAGAGCCGAAGUUAAAGCCCUAUGUGCCGGAGAUAUCCUACACUAGAGAUGAGAUCGCCGAGGCCAAGACGCGCAGGGCACAGGAGGUGCGCCAACUCGAGGCCCGUAUGGGGAGGAUGAAUAUGUUUCGCCGUUCCGCAGAUGGCAUCGUCUUUACGUUACCCUUAGAGCCUAAAAGACGUAACGAGCUCACUCCUGGUCUACGAUCAGUUAGGAGCUUGCACUUAAUUGUGCCUCUGCUUUAUCCAUUGCAAGAUAUCCGCAUCCAAUUGAACGAGGUUGACGAUGACGAGGCAGAAAGAGUGGAGGAGUUGUUUAUUCAGAGGGCUGCAUCGCACAAGGAGAUGACCCUGAUGAGCCACGUCAACUUUCUCGCUAUGAAUCUAUCCAACCUAUCAAAGCAGGCACAGCAAGCCAGGGAGGCCGCAGAAGCCAAGGCGUCACUUGAGCAGGCAGCCCAGCGGGAUGCGCAGGCAAAGUCAUCUGAAACUCCUGCAGCUGCAGCUGCAUCAAAUCUCGACAAGAGCCAUAUCCAGGUCAUCCCGCGUCCUCCAGAGUGGAGCCUCAUCCGGGGACCCAACGAAUCCGACUCGGACGACUUCGACUCUGACGAUGCGGAUGACGGAGGUGUGGAGAUUGGCCAGCAGCCACCCCCCGAGGUCGAGCCAACGGCAGCUUCGGACGAUGAUGCCGAGCGCGGCACGAUGCUGAGCUUCCCUUCCAUAGAGCUGUACGGGAUUGAGCUUCUGCAGGUGGCGAUCCUCGGCAUAACGAUAAAAUGCGAGCGUUGCAAGACGGUCAACGAGGUCACUGGGCUCAAACCCGGCAGUGAGAAGACCCUGGUGUGCAAGAAGUGCACAUCCCAAUUGGUCGCCAAGUUCAGGCCCCAGCUCGUCCACGAGCAGUCGACGAGGGCCGGCUUCAUCGACCUAUCCGGGUGCAAGGUGGCGGACAUGCUCCCCAGCACCUUCAUCCCCACCUGCGCCAAGUGCUCGAGCCCCGGCUUUGGGCUCGUCUCGGUCCGCGGCGAGACGAUGAGCAACGUGUGCCGCGAGUGCCACGGCAAGUUCUCGUUUCGCAUCCCGGACGUCAGGUUCCUCGUCGUCACGCCGGGCAGCGUCCUGCCCCAGGUCGGACCCCAGCGCAAGCGGGAGAAGCUGGGCCUGCACGCGGGCGAACCGCUCCCGCAGAAGGGAGCGUGCGAGCACUAUCGCAAGUCAUACCGGUGGUUCCGGUUCUCCUGCUGCAACCGCGUCCACGCCUGCGACAAGUGCCACGACGGGGCGGAAGACCACAUCAACGAGUGGGCGAACCGGAUGAUUUGCGGCUGGUGCAGCCGGGAGCAGAACUACGCCGUCGAGGCCUGUGGCAUGUGUGGGCGGAGCGUCAUUGGCAAGAAGGGAAGGGGGUUCUGGGAGGGCGGGAGAGGAACUCGAGACCAGCGGCUGAUGAGCAGGAAGGACCCCAGGAAAUACAAGAGACUGGGGGGAACCUCGUGA